GUUGUUUCCCAGGUAGCAACUACAGGAUUGACAAUGAGAGGGGCGUGUGCUGAGUAGUAACCCGUAGCUGGCUGAGUGAGUUCGGGGAUAAACAGACAACUCUGGGGCUUGCGGCAGCCAGUCGUCCCGGGGAACCUUGCGCCAAAGGUUCCCACAGGCUUUCAGAAACUCAGUGCUGGCUGCGAGAAUGAGGUUCCAGAGCGGUGGCUGGCAUUUGACACAGGCUGUCCCUCUCCAGAACGAAAUCCUCACUGGACAGCUUCCUGUUUCCUACGGGUUGUUACCACAUCAUCUACAAGGAUGAAAGUUGUCAAGUUGGUAAGCGGGAUGCUCUUCCUCGCCUGCAUGUUUCCGGCCUGCUGUGGAGAAAUUCCAGUUACUGUGCUGUGCUCCAUGGACUGGUUCAUGGUCACAGUACAGCCCUUCAUGUGGAACGACGACGUGUACGUACACUUUCAUGAGCUGCACUUGGGCCUGGGUUGCCCCGUCAACUAUGUUCAGACACACAUGUACCAGUUCACCUACCGUGUUACCGAAUGCGGCAUCAGAGUCAAGGCUGUCUUUCAGGAUGUAAUCAUCUACAGCUCCGAGCUACACUACGCUUCGAAAGACACAUCAUCUAAAUACGUGAUCCCGCUGUCGUGCGCUGCCCCCAGACGUUCCCCAUGGCUCACCACGCCCAGCUCCACUCAAGGUGCCAGCCAGAGUGCAGCCAUGGCCCAUACUGAUGAGACCCACCACCAGGCGUCCACCUUGGCACAGCCCAGCCAAAGAGCCCACUGCGAUUGUAGAUUUUGUGUCUUCGCUGAACAGCACAUGCAGGCCCCCCCAAACCAACCAGAGGCUCAAGACCCUUGUCCUGGGCUGUUAUCUUAUUUUGCUGAUAUUUCUGAGGACUAGUGUCUUCAAUCCAAUGAUCUGACCUAACUCAUGUGAUCCCCAGGGUUGCCUGAGUCACCUGAGGAUGUUCCUAGAGUUAGCAUGUAGUGUAUUCUAGUUUUAGAAAAAAAUAAGUGCCAUUAUGGCCCUCUCCGGGGGCAAUCUUAAGAAUGAGAAACUCAUGUAAACUUUAUGAUUGCAUCUUUAAAAAUACUUUUUCCUCUUUUUGAAGAAACAAUAUAAAAUUCUG